GGGAGUUUGGUCCUGUUCUACGCCCUUGGGUCUCUUGGCAGGUUCGCAUCGUGCAUUCCGGCAAAAAUAUAAUAAUAUUAGUAGUCCUUUCUUUUGAGGGGGUUCUGCUCUCAUUACAAAUCUUGUCUCAUUCUCUGUGGCGCUUACUUACAGCCUGAACUACUCUCCUACUACCUACAAUUUACUACUAUAUAAGACGGCCUCUGUGUCCAUCGCAAACGGAAGCGUUGAGAGAUCACAUCAUUUCUUUUUGAAAUUGUUUCACUAGCAUAGCAUACUAUAAAUCGAGCCCUUCUCUUCCUUUCUUUGAUCCCCAACCAUCUUUUCGCAUUCAAUCACCACAGUUCGUCACAAUGGUCGCUCAAAACGGAGAUUCCGUCUCUCAGGAACGCCGUUUCGGAACUCUGGCAGUGCAUGCCGGUGCUCCCCAUGAUCCUACCACCGGCGCCGUUAUUGCUCCGAUCUCUCUGUCGACCACUUUUGCGCAAACCAGCGUUGGAUCUCCCGUCGGUCUCUACGAGUACACUCGCAGCUCGAACCCGAACCGAGACAACUUCGAAGAAGCUAUCGCUGCCCUCGAACACGCUAAAUAUGCCCUGGCCUUUUCCUCUGGAUCUGCCACCACUGCUGUGAUCCUGCAGUCUCUCGCGGCGGGCUCGCACGUUGUUUCCGUCUCCGAUGUAUACGGUGGCACCCACCGCUAUUUCACCAAGGUCGCUUCCGCCCAUGGAGUCGAUGUGACUUUCACGCCUAGCAUUGAGGAGAACGUCGAGAAGUUGAUUCGACCCAACGAGACCAAGCUGGUCUGGAUCGAGACUCCCUCCAACCCCACCCUCGGUUUGGUCGAUAUUGAGAAUGUUGCUGCCAUUGCGCACAAGUAUGGCAUCAUCGUGGUUGUCGACAACACCUUCAUGAGUCCCUAUGUCCAGAACCCCCUGGAUCAUGGUGCCGACAUUGUCGUGCACUCCGUCACCAAGUACAUCAACGGUCACUCUGAUGUCCUCAUGGGCGUUGCCGCCUUCAGCUCAGAUAGCUUGAAAGAGCGUCUUAGUUUCCUCCAGAACGCUAUUGGUGCCGUCCCGUCUCCCUUCGACUGCUGGCUCGCCCACCGCGGUUUGAAGACUCUCCACCUGCGCGCACGUGAGGCGACCACAAACGCCACGGCCGUCGCCAAGGUCCUGGAGGCCUCUCCCCAUGUCAUUUCCGUCAACUACCCUGGUAUCGACUCUCACCCUCAACGCGCUAUCGCUGUCAAGCAGCACCGCCAGGGUAUGGGCGGUGGCAUGCUGAGCUUCCGUAUCAAGGGUGGUCAGCAGGCUGCUCACUCAUUUUGCAAGUACACGAAAGUCUUCACCCUGGCGGAGAGCCUGGGUGGUAUUGAGAGUCUUUGCGAGGUUCCUGCAGCCAUGACUCACGCUGGUAUCCCCAAGGCCGACCGUGAGAUUGCAGGUGUCUACGACGACCUCGUUCGUAUCUCUUGCGGGGUGGAAGAUGCUGAAGAUCUGACGGCCGACGUUCUCCAGGCCCUCAAGAAAGCUGUUGCAGCUAGUCACCCGGUGGAGAACGGCAGCGCUUAGUUGGAUGACUUCUAAUGAUUGAGAAUCGUUACUGCGAUAGAAUAUAGACCCGUUCAGGGGCUAGAUCACACACCUCCGUCGUGUCAAGACCCCGGUGGAACCUAACCGACAUAUCAAGCCAUGAGUUUUUAAUGCAUUGUGGGUUUUGCAUAUAACAUUUUUUUGAGAUAGAAUCACG